GGCGUGUAGUUCAGUUGUGAGCACGCAAACGUGCUGCAGGGAUUGCAGGUGUACCUCCUCGGGCUUGCGUACCCUUUCCUUGCUAAUAGUGUGUGUUCUUUAGAUAGUCUGAUGGCUCCAGCAUUUUGGUGACCACGGACCAAGUCUUUACUAGAUUUUGGGAUUAGCAACUGACACGAGUUUAAUGUGAAGAAAAACAACAAACAACAACAACAAUCCCUGAAGACCCUGGGGAAGACUCACUUGUUUAUUAAUCUGUGGGAACAGCAGUGCUUGUUGUUGCCUUGCUCUCAAAGGUAGACUGAGCACAGUCGGGGAGGUCAAGCUCCCUCAAAUAGGGGCUACAAAGGACCUGUCCCCGGGUUUAUCCUUCCAGCGGGAGUUACAUCUCCCGCACUUUUCUAAGGGAACUACGCCGCAUAACCGUUGACACCUAUGGUCUAUGACGUAUAUAUGUCUACACUUGGACGGUAUCUCUACCAGAUCUACGAAAUCGAGGAAGCUGGCGGGUCUCAUUCUACGCAGGCGUGCAUGGCACAUGCGGGGAUGGAUCAGGACAGGGCCCUCUCCACAAGCCCUUCAUCGUACACCCAUCCGAUUGCUCGAGCGUCUACUGGACUCGCACUCGGCGUGCGCUCUAGCAGCAUCACAGGCGUGGCUUGGAUCUACCCACACGCCAGACAGGCCCGCACGCGCGGGAAGUCAACGUCGGCACACCACGCCAUCGCUGAGCACGCAGGCUUGGGAGGAAAGCAGAGGUGCUCGGCGGCAACGUGUGGAGGACUCCGACAGCGCAGCAACCCCUGCGUCCAUCGCGGAGGAACACUUCGGGUACUUGGGUUGGAAAUGGAGGGGGAAUCAUUUUGGCUCGAAGCUGCCUCUGUGUCUUUUCCUCACACUGCACGACCGGGGUAACGGACACAAGAUUGGAACCGGAGCCGACGUGCUGCGUUGGGUCCGGGAGUGGCUAGCAACGUCUCGUUACAGAGAUGUUGUGACGUUGGAUAUUACGUCCCAGCAGGUCGCCCAGCAUCUGAAAGCUUUGGCCCAGAAGCACAAACUGGGCAAGGCGAUUAACAAGAUACAACUUGAAAAGUUCAUGGAGUCUCUGGAGCACCUCCCCCAGGAGGCGGUACCACCCACGCGGGACAACCCCUACGGAGGUCAAGAGGCCAGGAACAUGGCAUACGCACGAACGAGAAGCUCGCAAGGGCAAGGGGGGCACGCGUUCCUGAGAGCGGCUCCCACCGACCGAGCUCGAGAGAUUCCAUCGAACGAAUUCGUCUACGCGACGAGACGCGCCUUGGGAGUUGAAGAAUUCUUGGCGGAAAGAUGUCCCAGCGCGACCAGCGAUGGAAUCGCAGCCCAAGCAUCCGAGGCGCGAAAGCGUCAGCACUACGCUCGUCCGGGACACGUGUCCUUUGACGAACGCAGCUUUAAACUUACCUCCUUAGCCGUGGAAAGCUUUGGCCGCCUUGGAGAGGAGGGUUACGAGUUCAUCGAUGAACUUGCGACACAUGCCGUGGGAGGAAGGGACGGAGGAACGAUGGCUCUGAAAGGAGUCUUCAAGGAACGACUUCUUCAAAUCGUUUCGGUGGCUACACAGGUGGCCAUAUCUCGGCGAGUGCAGAGGUACAAGCUCGCAUUGCGCGGGCGUCAAGACGCCGAAAACAGGCGAACAAGAUCGACCUCGGACCAGUCAACGCCAAUGAUAUGGGGAUGGAGUGUAGACGCAUCGUAGAACGCGUUUUCGUUUGAAGUUGACGUCUUGUUUGAGAGUAGAUGUGACAGAUUUGCGUAGAAUAGGGUAAGAUGUUAUCAUGAACGGAGAUGAAAGGGCUUUUCCAACACGGAGAUGUAGCAUGGAUCAAAGCAUUUGUUGGAUUUCAGCUUUUACAAGCGGACAUCAACGCAGUAGUAUUUUAGCAAGCUUACGAACGCAUAUAGGAUACCAUCAGGAUU